CUGGAGGACUUUGAGAGGAGCUCUUCCUGUUACUAUGGCAAAGGAUCAACCUGCAUCAAGGAAAAAAGAAUGAGAUCCUCUGGAGUUCAGAUUGCCUGUGUGGCUUUGGGAGUCUGCGGACUGGUCGGGGUCAUCGUGUGCUGCGCUAUUCCUCGAUGGAAGGUGUCAGCCUUCAUCGGAUCCAACAUCGUGACUGCACAGACCAGCAUGGAGGGCCUGUGGAUGGAGUGCGUGGUGCAGAGCACGGGCCAGCAGCAGUGCAAGAACUACGACUCCCUGCUGGUGCUGCCCUCCGACCUGCAGGCCGCCCGGGCCAUGACCAUCAUCAGCUGCAUGCUCGGCUGCAUCAGCCUGCUGGUGCUCUUCUGCGGCGCCGACUUCACCACCUGCGUGGAGAACCAGGACGCCAAGCCCAAGAUCAGCCUGGUGGCCGGGGUGGGGCUGCUGCUGGCCGGCCUGCUGGCCCUCGUCCCGGUCAGCUGGGCCGCCCACAACGUGGUGAGGGGCUUCAACGACCCGCUGACGGUGGCCUCCCAGAAGAGGGAGCUGGGGGCGUGCAUCUACAUCGGCUGGGCGUCCGGCGUGAUCCUGCUUCUGUGCGGAGGUCUGCUGUGCUUCUUCAGCAGGGUUAGGUCCAGCAGCCCGGGAGGAACCGCCAAGUACUACAGCAACGGGGCAUCCGCCCCCAACAAGAAUUACGUGUAGAGGCUGUCCGAAAUAACGAGAGGAACCGAGAGUUUGUUUGGAGAGAGACUGGGAAGCAGCAAUUGCAAAUGACACCAGUUAUUGGUUUGAAAAUAAGGGGAUUGUGUAAAUAUCUGAUACUCUUAAAAACAGGACUUUUUUCUAUUUGAAGCUACGCAGGUGAUGUUUUCCUUUAGGUUGCUGGGUAGUAAAUGGCUGUAAAUUACCAUUAACAUUUGGGGGGAUUAGUGUGGGUUACUUCUUUAAGAGAAACGGCAUUGUGUUUCUGAAAGAGUGAAGUGAGAUUCUCCUUAUUUUUACUGUUUCAUAAGUAAAAAAAAGACUGUAAAACUUGAAGACUGUAAAAUUGAGAGAUGGGUAUUUGUAAGCAGAUAGUGCCACAAUAACCUCACUUUGAUGCACUAAUUACUCCCAUUUCACAAAUAUUUAGCAUGAUUAAUCUCUUGUCCAUUUCUGUCUAAGCUUUAUUUUGUGAGCAGACAAAGCUAAAAAAAUCAUCUCAAACCGAACGCACCUCAAAAGGCCUCAGGGAGUAUUUGUGUGCAGAUGUUUCUCAGAUGAUGCGUUUCAUUGGCAUUUACACUGUAUUCCACAUAAAUGUUUAAAACAUUUGCCUUUUAUUUGAUUCUGUUUCUAACUUUGUAUUAUUAUAAGUUCAAAAAUUGAUUAAAAAUGGGCAAAAUCCAAAUGUGUAUUUCAUGUUUUGUGAAAAAAGGCCACA